CCAACACCGACCGACAAAGCGAGACGAGAAGGACCCGACGAUGGCCUCGCCCCAGAACAGGACCUGGCGUGGACCUCCGGGCUCGACGCCGGUCCGCUCCUCGCUCCUCGCUCGCACACCCUCGACGCCACUGGACCUGUACCGCGCCAACGCCAGCCAAGGCUCGUCAGCCACGUAUUCUUCCCCCGGCCAUUCCUCGUCGUUCCUUCCAGCCUCGCCUGGUAGUGCCAGUCGACGUGCUUCGCUGCGGCCCACGCCACUGUCUAAUCCGGUAUCCCCCACUGUGUUUCUCUCUUCGCCAGACAGAGAUGGUCCAGGGUCCCCUUACAGGCGCAAUGCCGCCUUUGGCAGCCCCGGCGCGUCGGCAUCAAGGAACGCUGCCCGUCUCUCUUCGACCGGUGGUGCUGUUGCUGGGACUGCGUCAACGAUGACGGGCGCAACGCCGAGCAAGGGUCAGGGCUCGCGGAGCCUGACACCACUGAGCUCUACACCAAAAGGUGUACGACCGUCGGGUCGCUUCAUUCGCAAGAAGACAUUGCGGCAGAGAAUCGAAGAGAUGCCGGAAGCAAUCUACGACUGGCUCUCUAUGGCACCAUCGAUGUUCCUCGCCGAUCCCUCGCUCGGAUACCCUGCAGGAGGUGCGCUUCACGUCAUCAGCCUUCUCGCCAUGGCAAUGCACCCCGACAGCGCGCUUCACGCCACCAGUGGUGGUGCUCGAAACGGACGCAGGCCCGGUCAAAGUGCUGGUGGCAGCCUCUUUGCACAUGAUCGGAAUACCGGCGGUGUCGGUCUGGCAUCGCGCAAACUUCAGCGACAACAAGAUGCUUGGCGCUCUUCUGCUUCACUCCUCAUCUUCUUCCUCUUGGCACUCGCAGCUGGAAAUGCAUACUCGCUCUUUACAGCAAAGCGCCGCUAUCACCUCUGGCUCAAGCCUACGUCGGAGAAGCUCGCGAGCGAGAAUGCCAGCCUCGUUGAUUUGCCAAGGCCUGAUUUCCAGGCUCCCGAAUUCGAGUCCUCUCCGACGACUGUUGCUAGGGCUCUUGAAGUGGGACACAGCAUCCUUCGUGGCAUCGUUACUGUCCUGGCUUGGCUGUGGGCGCUUCUCCUCUGGCGGCUCCGCCAGAUCCCAUACGUCGGUGUCAUCUUUCGGGUCCUCUUCGCAAGUCCAGGCUCUCAGGAUCGAUCACGACGUAUGAGCAGCGCAUCGACACACCCGCAGAUGCAUGCACUCGACGUCUGGCAGGCACCCGAGGUUCAGCUGCGAAUCUUUUGCGUCUACUCUCCGCUGCACGCUCUCUUCUACCUUGUCCUGCUAAAGGCUGGAAGAGCGGGUCUGGACGGUAGCGUGUCGAGCCUGAUGCUCUGCUCGUUGCUGAUGGGUGCUACCAGCGCCCAGGCGCAUCUACUCGCCACGUUUUACAAGGGCCUCGUCAAGGACAAGACGCUUCUGGCUGCCGAGGUCAUGAAUGAGUACGACCAGAAGUUUGUGUUGCCGAGGGCCAUGCCGGAGGUCCGUGACGCAAGCACGCAGACAAGCCCAUCCGACUAUGAAACCGCCUUGCAACCUCGGCAGCCCUCUGUCCAAGAGUGGCGCGGAACCUUUAUGCAGCACGACAAUGCCAAGGAAGAGGGGGACGAGGAUGAAGACAACAUUGAGAGUCUGCCAUCAGCAACCUCAUCGUCCCUUUCGCGCCAGAAGAAGGACAGAAACAAGAAGAGUCGGACGAGAAAGAGCGUCAUAUGAUUUCACGGCCUUCUUGCCGUUGAUUACUACUAUUACAUUGUAUCUUUACACAAAUGUGAGAGGAUCGAAUGAUUUCAAGGCGGC